CUCACCGACCAUGGCCACAGCUGCGUCGAAUCCCUACAGCAUUCUCAGUUCCAGCUCUCUGGUCCAUGCGGACACUGCGGGCAUGCAGCAGGGAAGUCCUUUUCGAAACCCUCAGAAACUUCUCCAAAGUGAUUACUUGCAGGGAGUUCCUAGCAAUGGGCAUCCCCUUGGGCAUCACUGGGUGACCAGUCUGACCGACGGAGGCCCGUGGUCCUCCACACUGGCCACCAGCCCCUUGGACCAGCAGGACGUGAAACCCGGGCGUGAAGACCUACAGCUCGGCGCGAUCAUCCAUCACCGUUCGCCUCACGUCGCCCACCACUCUCCGCACACUAACCACCCCAAUGCCUGGGGGACGAGCCCGGCUCCAAACCCGUCCAUCACGUCGAGCAGCCAACCCCUUAACGUGUACUCGCAGCCAGGCUUCACCGUCAGUGGCAUGCUGGAGCAUGGGGGGCUCACCCCACCACCGGCCUCCGCUUCGGCACAGAGCUUACACCCAGUGCUUCGGGAGCCCCCAGACCACAGCGACCUAGCCUCGCACCACUGCCAGGACCACUCGGAUGAAGAGACACCAACCUCGGAUGAGUUAGAACAGUUCGCUAAACAGUUCAAACAAAGAAGAAUCAAGUUGGGUUUCACGCAGGCCGAUGUGGGGCUGGCGCUAGGCACACUAUACGGCAACGUGUUUUCGCAGACCACCAUCUGCAGGUUCGAGGCCUUGCAACUGAGCUUCAAAAACAUGUGCAAGCUGAAGCCGCUGCUGAACAAGUGGCUGGAGGAGGCUGAUUCGUCCACAGGGAGUCCGACCAGCAUUGACAAGAUCGCCGCACAGGGCCGCAAGCGCAAGAAGCGAACCUCCAUCGAGGUGAGUGUCAAGGGUGUACUGGAGACGCAUUUCCUCAAGUGUCCCAAGCCUGCCGCGCAGGAGAUUUCCUCGCUGGCAGACAGCCUCCAGUUGGAGAAAGAAGUGGUGCGUGUCUGGUUCUGUAAUCGAAGACAGAAAGAAAAAAGAAUGACUCCACCAGGGGAACAGCAGCCACAUGAGGUUUAUUCUCACACCGUGAAAACAGACACGACCUGCCAUGAUCUCUGAUUGCAGGAAGGGAGCAAGUGACCCGCCGCACUGGGAGCAGUGCGGAUCUCUCUUUCUCUCGCAUUCCCUUCCUUUCACUCCAGCUUUAUUAUUGUUAUCUUUCUAGAUCUCCCUCUCUCCCUCUCUCUCUCUCUCUCUCUCUCUCUCUCUCUCUCUCUCUCCCUCUCUCUCUCUCUCUCCCCCCUUUUCUUUCUCCUCCCCCUUUUAACAGGGGAUUCUAACUUAUAUUAAGAAAGGAAACACACACGCAUUCAAGGCUUCUUAACACUGAUACAUGGUUUCAUGAAGCAGUCCAAGCGGGAACUUCAUAUCCCUUGCCGCCUGAGGAACAGUUCUCUCCAACCUUUUCUGUUG